GAUGAUAUUGACGAGGUGGAAAACAAUAAGAACUCAGUAAACAGACAUCAUUACUCUUCCAGUCAGAACAUUGAAUCGUCCCCCCAGUACACAACGAAGCAGGAGGAUUCCCUGAGACGAGUUGAGAUAGAGAAUGAGAAAAACAGACAGAGUAGAAGUGAGGAACAAAAAAGAAGGAUUAAACAAGGAGAAACGAAUACUGAUAAAUAUUAUUUUGGACACCCUCUUACUACCAGCUCCAGGCAACAGUUUCAUCAUUCUUCAAACUCCAGAAGUUACAGCCCCGCUCCCCAGAAAAUAGCUCGAAGCUCUAAGAUCCAUCAUCAGAGUACAGGGAACAUCUACAGCCAAUCAAGAAAUUAUGGUUCACAACCACACCACCAGGGGUCUGGUAGCAUCCAGCCGGUUAUACGUAGUUCAAAAUACCACCACCAGAGCACCGGCAACAUCCAUUAUCCAUCAAUGGAGCGGAAGUCCCACCAUCAAAGUACCGGAAAUAUAUACAGUUCUCAGACCUUGGAGAAGAGUUCCAAGGUGCUAAGGGGCAGUACAAGUGACAUUUACAGGGUUCCACAGACAGCAAAGUAUAACAGGUCCCGAGAUAUCUACGCGAGUAGUCCAAAAACAAUCUCCAGAGAAUCAGAUAUAUCAGCCAAUUACAACCAAGGAGAGAUAUACAGAACUACGCAACGAGAAGCGCACAGUAGUUCUAAACCUAAGGAAAUAUACGCAACCCCUGUAUCAAAAGAAGUUUACGCAACACCGAUAUCAAAGCAGAUUUACGCAACUCCACAUUCCAAUGAUAUUUAUGGAAUACCGGCAUCAAAGGAGCUUUUCUCAAGACGGCAACAGUCACAUAGAAUUGUAUAUUCGACAGAGUCCCCUACCGGUUCUCCGUCUACGAAGUAUAGAACUAAGAUAGUUCUGAACGGUGGUCUGGAAUAAUCAUACCAAUCUUUAUCCAUCAGGAGAAAA